GCCCACGACUCGGUAAUCUUGUAGUGCGAGCUCGUGGCCCGUCCAGCAUCUUAAAGAUCAGAUGACAUUAACACGUGCUGUGGUAUCUGAUUGGCUUCCUUCCAGUGAGUGUACAGAUCACAUUUUGCCCCGGUACGGUCGACUAGUAAAUCAGUGAAGAUAACAAUUUCAUUUGGCCUUUGCUCAUUUCAGUUUUUUAGGCUGUACUUUAUUUUGAUUUCCUUUUUCUUUUAAAAAUGAGGUCACAACUACUGUGUUUAACUAUAGCGCUCGCAUUACUGGGCUAUUUUGUUUACAUGCCAAUUCCGGACGACAUCGACGAGCCGUGGAAGCUGAUGGUUGCGGAUUCUUUACUUCGAAGUCUCAAUCACCUGGGGAAUGUUGCUGAACUAUUGGGGCUGAAGCACUACAUGGAUAUUAUGUGGUUUUUCACUUUUGCUGAACAGGCAGCUGUAAUUUCUGAUGACAAGGUGAAAGUUACAGAAUCAAUGUUUCAUGAGGUCCCAGUUAUUGUGUAUGAACCCAUGCAGAAAAAAAAUGAGGAGCUCAGAAGGGCAAUAAUUUACAUUCAUGGUGGUGGUUGGUGUUUGGGCAGUGCAAAGAUGGCUCCCUAUGAUCUCCUGUCUCGACGGACAGCUGCAGAGCUGAAUGCUGUUGUAGUAUCAGUCGAGUACAGAUUGGCCCCAGAGCACCAUUUUCCCACUCCAUUUAAUGAUGCUUACCAUGCAGUGAAACACUUUCUGCAAGAACAGGUCCUCGCCCAGUAUUCUGUGGAUGCCACUCGAAUUGCUCUUUCUGGAGAUAGUGCGGGAGGAAAUAUGGCAGCUGCAGUUGCUCAGCAGAUUCAAGAAGACCGUGACAUCAAACUGGAUCUAAAGGCUCAAGCUCUUCUCUACCCUGUUCUUCAAGCACUUGACAUGCAGACACCUUCAUAUCAGCAGAAUGAAUACAUGCCUAUUCUACCAAAGGUGAUGAUGAUUAGAUUCUGGAGUGAGUACUUCACCAGUGACAAAACUCUCUACUAUGCCAUGUUGGAAAAUCGACAUAACAGUUUAAAAUCCAUUCAGCUCAUGAAGUUUGCAAAUUGGAGCAUUUAUCUACCAGAGAAUUAUCGCCAAAAAUACACAUACUCAGAUCCCUACUUUGACAGUAAGGACCUAUCUGAAAGCAUCUCAGACCCCAGAGCCUCACCCCUCCUGGUCGAUGAUGAUAAACUUCGAGUUUUACCAAAAACGUACAUCGUGACAUGUGAAUAUGAUGUAUUGCGAGAUGACGGAGUCAUGUAUGUAACAAGGCUGAGGAGGGCUGGAGUGCAGGUUCACCAUGAUCAUUAUGGUAAGGGGUUUCAUGGGGCUAUGAUGUUCACAAUGUUGCCAUUCAGCUUUAAAAUUGCACAUGAAAUGACAGAAAACUAUAUUAAUUGGCUGAAUAAAAACUUGUAAAGUUGGACCAUUCCUGAGUUUGCAGGUUAUUCAGUAAGGCAGGGCUGAGAAACCAUUUACUGUAGGUGCAAUGAAAUGUAAUCUUCGGAGCAAUUAUUUAUCUUGUUUAUUUUGAAGGGAUGGUUGAUUAGUUAAGUGUGAAAUUUCAAAUGGUACUACCAUUUCAUUUAUUGUCUACUCAAGGCAUUCAGAAAGUAUUAGACUAAAACUGAUAUGUUAUUAGAACAAAAUGGAGAAGGUGUUGACUUGUUCCAUCUGCUUUGUCUGUGAUCAAAACAUUGAGUUAAAUUUUAUCAAGUGCUUUCCCACCAACUACUGUAAUGUAUUAUGUAAUAUAUUUUUGAAUUCAGCUCUCCCAGUGGAUUAACAAUUUUCCCACAACUUAAGUGGCAUUGAGGUAAUUUUUAGAGCAAGCUGUUUUGCUAGUUCAGUGCCCUUCAAAGUGUACUUCCUCUUUCAUUAACUGGGUGAAAAGGGCACCUACCUGUUAGUGAAAGGUAAAGGAUGCUGUUUAUGUAUGGCAGCUCGUAUGUGUAGUCAGAUGGUUGGCUUGGUAAUCAUGAUUUAAAUAAAAUUAGGCCAAAUACAUGACAAUCCAGACUUUGCUGCU